GGACUGACCCGCUGCUCGUGAGCCUUCUCUCCACUUCCCAGUCCCAACUGCUCUUAUCAUCCAGCAUCACUCUGAGCGCUCUGUCAUUUUGAACAACCCCCCGAGCGGCGAUUACCCACCUUCUUUUUGUGUCGCUCAAUACAUCCGCCAACACGCGCUCGGUGCGAAUACCGCAGACAUGUCGUUUGACCAGCUCUCUUCGAUGGAAUCCGGCACCGGCGGCGGCCGGCGCGGCAAUAACAGCGCCCCAGGCGGUGGCGGCUAUGCGGACGAUCCGGAGUUCUCAAAGCUGUCGCAGGGUCUCAUGAACAAGCUCUUCCACCUCCAAGGCAACAUUUCCAAGCUGCGCACCGAUGUCGGACUUCUCGGGACUCGCCGCGACAACCCGAGGCUGCGUGAGCGAGUGCACACUCUGCUCGACGAAUCGACGAUGCAUUUCAAGGAGGUCGGAGAGGGUGUCAAGAAGAUCCAGUCGUGGGAGGAGGUGACACCUACACAAAAGUACUCGCAACAGAAGCUAUCCCGUGAAUUCAAGACAGCCCUUGGCGAUUUCCAGUCCUUGCAGCGCACAGCUCUCGAGAAGACCCGCGCGUCCGUUUCUGCCGCCAAGGCCGCGCUCGACGACGACUCGGCAAGUCCCGGCCAGGCCACAUCAGCCGCUGGUGGCGAGCAGCUGCAGCUACAACAGCAGGAGGCGCACCUGGCGGCGCAAGACGAGGUGGACUUCCAGGAGGCCCUCAUCAAUGAGCGGGAAGAGGAGAUCCGCCAGAUCGAGGAGGGCGUGGGUGACCUCAACGUGCUGUUCCAGCAGGUCGCGCAGAUUGUCAGCGAGCAGGGAGAGCAGCUCCAGACGAUUGAGAACAACGCCAUCAGUGUCCGCGACGACACCCGCGGGGCCGACUACGAGCUGCGCAGCGCUGCGCGGUAUCAGAAGCAGGCGCGCGGCAAGGCCUGCUGCCUCAUGCUCAUCAUUGCGGUCAUUCUCACCAUCGUCCUUCUUGCUGUGUUCCUGGGUUGAGCGAGGUAGACCGUUGUUUAUACUUGUUUGUGUGCGCUCCUCCAUAGCACACGGGGAGGCUUUCUUCUUUCAUGGUUUGGAGUUUGGGCGCAUGUUUGAAGCAUAUCCUCUGAGACGGGUCGCACUGACCCGACUGCACCAAGACUUGCAGGUCGGCUUCGACUGGUUGAUUUUAUGGUUGGCCAUCGCAAUGGUUAUACAUUAUUGUUACAGUCCAUACUACACUUUAUAUAUCCUUGAUCUUG